CGAACGCCUGCACUAGAGACGCCUAGCCUGACUCCCUCAAGCAUUCCAUUCUCCCGCAGAUGGCUCGUCUCUCCGACAGUGUGUUUGAACUAAGGAAUGACUGGGAUGACUCGCGCUCGGAUCCUUGUGGACGCAUGCAACACUGGUACGCUGGCCGAUCACAUAAAGAACCGACUUGCUCGUAUUGACCUAGACCACAAACCACCCUCUCAUUUUACCCCUAUUGCACAAGCAGUCCCGCAAUGUCCUCCGGCAGCACAAAGAUAAUUAUCGCAGGCGCAGGGAUCGCCGGGCCUGUGCUCGCUAUGCUUCUCAAGGCUCGAGGAUACGAGCCCAUCGUUUACGAGCGUUCGAAAGAGCGCACAGACGCGGGUCUCAGCCUCGUGCUUCAACCUAAUGGCCUGCGCAUCCUCUCCGAGAUACCCGACUUCGUUCAACAUAUUCCCGGACAACCCAUCGCCACAAUGACCUCCUUCUCGACUUUAAACGCGUCUCCUGGUCUCUUGCACGCCUCCUCUUUACCCUCCCUUCUUCCCAAGCUUCUCAAUCUCGACCACGGCCUAGGUAUGCUCGCCGUAUCUCGAAGCAAAUUUCACGCCUAUAUCCUCGAACGUGCUGAGGCUGCAGGCGUCGAGAUUCAAUGGGGCAAGAGGGUGGUUGACGUUGUCCAGCUUGAGAACUCGACCGGUACGGGUAAAGAUGCGGAAGCGAAGGUGAAGGUCGUCUUCGAGGAUGGAACGAGUGAUGAGGCAAGCUGGGUUAUUGGAUGUGAUGGAUUGCAUAGCGGAGUCCGUAUCGCGUUGUUCGGGAAGGAGGCCGCGGAUUACACUGGGGUGUCACAGACGGGUGGGAUAUCGCCCACACCUCAAGCACUCGCCAAAUUAGCGACGAUGGCGAACUUCUAUGGCCUCGGAGCCCACUUGAUCGCAUAUCCAAUCUCGAGUACACACACGUCUUGGGCGUUGACUAUCCCUGAGGCCGAAUUGAAAGAGACCUGGCAAGCCGCUGACAAGGAAACGCAGGAAAAAAUUCAAAGCAGCUCGUAUGCACAGUGGAACGAUGGCGCGGGAGAACUAAUCCGGACUACGGAAAAGCUCGUCAAGUACGGCCUCUUCGAUCGGCCUGAGCUCAAAACAUGGCAUAGAGGCCGAGUCGUCCUGCUCGGCGAUGCCGCUCAUCCCACUAGCCCCCACCUUGGUCAAGGUGCGAACCAAGCGUUCGAAGACAUCUCCACUUUGAUUCGCCUUCUCGACGCCGAUAACACUGAUCGUGCGCCACCGAGCACUUUGAGCCUGACCGCAAUAUUCGUCGAAUUUGAGCGAAUCCGGAUUCCAGUGUCAUCAGAGAUGGUGAAAGGUGCCAGAGAACGAGGCGAGUCACGAGUCCUUGGGUCGGAGGAGAAAUGCAAAGCGAGGAACGAGGCAAUCAGGCAGGCUGGGGACUCGGAGCUGAGCAAAGUUUACAGCAAGAUAUUCGGUGCAGACGAGAAGUUCGCAGAGAUGCUAGAAGCUCUCACGACGGACCAAGCUGAGAACUAG